AUACUUCAUUUUGUAUUUUUGUUCGAAUUAUUACAGUCGAUCGUAUAAGGUUUUUUCAUACGUACACAAAUUUUCCACAAACUGAUAUCUCUUAUUAUCGGGUACUGAUUGUGUAGAAUACUAAAAUUAUUUUUGAACGUGGCCAAUGCAUCAAUUUCGGGUCAAAGUCCUUAAGGAAUAUGUACUAUAGCGAAUUCUGUCGGUCAAAUUACUAACUCGCUACAUAUCCACAUCCGCAUCCACGCAGUGAACGCAUGCGUAUUCGAUCGAUGCCAUCGUCGAUCGUGACGUGAGUGGAGUGCGAGCGAUUCCAGUUGGGAGCUGGUGCUGGUGAUUAUUCUAUGUGCACUAUUUAAUAUUGUUCUGACGGACGUUUACGGGUAAUGUAAUUAAAAUGUCACAAUACAGGUUGUUGAGUACCGUAAAACGUUUAUCUGCCAUAAAUAAAAAUUAUGCGACACGAACAGCAUUAUGUCGAACAAUGAGGACGUUUGCAAGUGUUACAAAUACAAAACAUUUGAAAUUCAAAGUUGUAGAUAAUGUAGCUGUAAUUACUUUAGAUUCGCCGGGAACUAAGGUGAAUACCUUGAAUCAUGAAGUAAUGAGAGAAAUUGUAACAGUCUUAAAUGAUAUAGAAAAUAAUUCUUCUGUGAAUUCUAUAGUUCUAAUAAGUGGGAAACCUGGCUGUUUUAUUGCUGGUGCAGAUAUUUCUAUGAUGCAGGGGUUUAAGACUGCCGAAGAUGGUUACAAAGUAUCUUUAGAAGGACAACAAAUUUUACGUAAAAUAGAGAAGAGUACAAAACCAGUUGUAGCAGCGAUUCAGGGAAGCUGUUUGGGAGGUGGUCUCGAGGUUGCAAUGGCUUGUCAAUAUCGGUUGGCUGUGAACGAUCCGAAAACUACUUUAGGCUUGCCAGAAGUAAUGAUAGGAUUAUUACCCGGUGCAGGAGGUACACAAAGAUUAACUAAAUUAACUGCCCUUCCCAAUGCAUUGGACAUGGCGCUUACUGGGAAAAGUAUUAAGCCGGAUAAAGCUAAAAAGUUUGGAAUUAUAGACAUGUUAGUGAAUCGUCUUGGUCCUGGAGUUGCAACUGCGGAAGAAAAUACUAUGAGAUACUUGGAAGAAACUGCUGUCCAAACUGCAAAAGAUAUUGCAAAUAAUACAUUGAAGAUCGAUCGUAAUCCUAGGUCUCUGACCGAUAAGCUCAUGAAUUAUGCUUUUUCAUUUGAUUUUGUUAAAGAUCAAAUAUUUAAGAGAGCAAAAGGUCAAGUGAUGAAAAUGACCGGCGGUCUGUACCCUGCUCCGCUUAAGAUUCUGGAAGUAGUACGUACCGGUUUGGAUAAGGGAACGGCCGCUGGUUACGAAGCAGAAGCCAAAGCUUUUGGCGAGUUAGCGGUGACACCUCAGUCUAGGGGACUUGUAAGUCUAUUCUUUGGACAGACCGCAUGUAAAAAGAAUCGUUUUGGUGCACCACAGAAUGCUGUGAAGAAAAUUGCAGUUGUCGGAGCUGGUUUAAUGGGAGCAGGUAUUGCCCAAGUGAGCAUAGACAAAGGCUACGAUGUAAUUCUGAAAGACACGAAUGAAACAGGUCUAUAUAGAGGUGUUGGUCAAAUACAAAAAGGCCUGGAUAAUGCUGUAAAAAGAAAAAGAUACUCCACUAUUCAAAAGGACAAGUAUCUUGCCAAGUUGGAUGCUACUUUGGACUAUAACUCCUUUAAAAACACGGACAUAGUAAUCGAAGCUGUAUUCGAAGACAUUGCAAUCAAGCACAGGGUCAUAAAAGAAAUUGAAUCGUCUACACCGGAACAUUGUAUAGUCGCAUCGAAUACAUCAGCCAUUCCUAUUACCGACAUUGCAGCAGGAAGUAAACGCCCAGACAAGGUGAUCGGAAUGCACUAUUUUUCUCCGGUAGACAAAAUGCAACUGUUAGAGAUAAUAACGCACAAGGGAACGUCGACUGAAACUAUUAAGACUGCGGUCGAUGUAGGUCUGAAACAAGGUAAAAUAGUCAUUACCGUGGGAGACGGACCCGGAUUUUAUACCUCGAGAAUUUUAUCAGCUAUGUUAUCGGAAGCGAUUAGAUUAUUGCAGGAAGGUGUGGAUCCGAUAGACUUGGAUAAGUUGACUAAGAAGUUUGGAUUUCCUGUCGGACCAGCGACGUUAUCGGACGAAGUUGGUAUUGACGUUGCAGCUCAUAUAAGUCCUUAUUUAUCGAAGGUUUUGGGUGCACGCUUCAGUGGCGGGGAUACAAACAUACUCGGCGAUAUGGUCAAAGCCGGUUUCCUUGGCCGAAAAUCUGGCAAAGGUAUAUAUGUUUACGAAGCCAAUACUAAGGACAGAGCUCUUAAUCCGGGAGCGCUAGAUAUUUUGAAGAAAUACAAGCUUGAACCAAAAGGAAGCACAUCGGACGAAGAUCGUCAGUUGCGAAUGGUGUCACGAUUCGUUAACGAAGCAGUGAUUUGUCUAGAAGAGAACAUAUUGUCUAAUCCGCUGGAAGGCGAUGUAGGAGCCGUUUUUGGACUAGGCUUCCCUCCAUUCACCGGUGGACCUUUCCGCUGGGUAGAAUACUACGGAGCUGGUAACUUGGUAAGAAAGAUGGAAGAAUUCCAGAGUCAUUACGGCGAUUCUUUCAAACCAUGCCAGAUGCUAUACGAUAUGGCGUCCGAUUCCAGUAAAAAAUUCCACAAAUAAUUAAAGAAAAAAGUACAGUGCCUAAAGAGCUUCAGGAGAGAGUAAAAAGCUGUAAUUGUUCUGUUUCUUUUUUUAAAAUUUUUCUACGUCUACAAAUGGGAAUAAGAAUGUUGAUCUACCGGUUAAAAUACUAUAUUUUUUGAUAAAUGUAUAAGAUUGUUCAAACAAUGGUUUCUACUUUCUAUAACGAUUAUCGAUGCGAACGAACUAUGUAUUUAUUAGAGCAUUUUUACACGAUGUAUGUCACGAGAUAUCUAUGUAUAAUAUUUUUACAUUUUGUUGUUGCUAAAAGAAAUAAAUGACAUUUUUGUAAAAA